AUGAGUGAUAGAAUAAAAAAUAAUUUAUUUCAUGCUCAAAAUGUUGUCGUGACGUGCUCGAAAAGUGGAAAACUAACUUCAUCGCUUGUCACUUACUGGCGUGAUCAUUGCCUGAUUCCAAAUUUGUCGCCGAAAACAUUACUUCUCGUGGACAGCUUUCCUUCUCAUGCUAAUCCAGAUGUAUAUAAACGUUUAAAAGAUUUUGCAUUUAGAGUAAUACCACCGAAAACUACUUCAACAAUUCAACCACUUGAUGUUUAUUUUAAUCGACAAUACAAGUUGAUUCUACGACGUAUCUUCAAUCAUGUACGACUCGACGACAUCCAUAUUAAUUUGGCUGAACGUAACAAUGUAAUUAAAUUACAUUCACUUGUGCAUUCACAAAUGAAAUCAAAAGCUUUCGAAUCAAUGAUUAAAUACGCAUGGCACAGAAGUGGAUAUUUAAAAACUGAUCCCGGUCCAUUUCAAAACGUGAAAGACGUUUGUUUUACAUUUGAAAAAGACAAAUGUUGCGUGGAAAAUUGCAUAAACGGUCAAAUAAUUCGGUGUUCGUGAUGUCAGCAGGAACUUUGCUUUGUUCAUUUUUUUGUAGAUUACCAUUAUCAUUAGACUCCAGUAAGUAUUUGUUUUUGAACAAUCAUUUAAUUUCUAUUGCUUUUUCUAUAUACUGCUUUUCUUUUUCGCUCAAUAAAAUUUACGAAACGUAAUUUUCAAUUUUCUCUUUCUCUUCUUAUCAGACUCAAAAAGUGGUAGCGUAACAAUAAUACAUCAACUGACUGAUAAACAAAAUAAAGGAGAUUUCGAAAGAAGUAACUGUUAUCACAUUGAAUACAGCACAUAUAAGUUAAGAAUCGUACAAUGCAAAGUAAAUAAAGACAUAAAAAUA